AUGGGCUCCGUCAACACCGACACGCCGGCCCUGGCCACCAACCCGCGCUUCAUCUUCUUCACUGACUUUGAUGGCACAAUCACCACGGCCGACUCCAACGACUACAUGAUUGACAACCUGGGCUGCGGCGCGGCCCAGCGCGGGGCCGACAACCACGAGGUCCUCGCCGGCCGCGCCCACUUCCGCGACGUCUUCUACGACAUGCUCGACAGCGUCCGCACGCCCUUUGACGAGUGCCUUCGCCUGCUGCUCGCCAAUAUCCGCCUCGACCCGGGCUUCAAGGACUUUUACCUCUGGGCGCGCGCCAAUAACGUGCCCAUUGUGAUCCUCAGCGGCGGCAUGGAGCCCGUCAUCCGCGCCCUGCUCGACCAGAUGCUCGGCCCGGGGUGGGACAUGCAGGUUGUCAGCAACGACGUGGCGCCGGCGGUCGAGGGCGGCAGCAUCGACGACGAGGGCGGGUGGAAGAUUGUCUUUCACGACGACAGCGUCUUUGGCCACGACAAGUCGAUUGAGAUUCGCAAGUACUCGUCGCUGCCGGAGCGGCCCGUCAUGUUCUACGCCGGAGACGGCGUGUCCGACCUGUCGGCGGCCAAGGAAACGGACCUGCUCUUUGCCAAGGAAGGAAAAGAUCUCGUCACUUGGUGCGAAAACGCCAAGGUCCCCUUUGUGACGUUCCGCGACUGGACCAGCAUUGGCCAGACUGUCAAGGACAUUGUUGCUGGCAACAUUACCCUGCAAGACGCUGCGCGAGGUCGCAUCUGA